GAGAGAGAGAGGUGCACACAAGAAAAGACAAGCACAGAGGAGCUGAACAAGGAACACAAUGCGUAUGAUACUAGAGAUCAGAAGAAAUAUCAUAAAUAACAGCUUUUUCUGAAUCCCUGGCCAUCUCUCUCUUAAUCUGCUGCAUCUUCACUUUCUUCCUCCUUUUAGUGCAGUGCCUCUGCAGCUGCAGAGUGAUCUCAUCCUCCGAGUGCACCAGGACGGAAUUCAAAUUUAGCAUAUAAGAGUGAGUAAGGACUUUGUUGCGAACUCCUGCCAAAGAGAGAGAGAGAGAGAGACAAGAGAAGAGAGAGAUCAGGACACACACUGGGACUCAGUGUGGACCUGAGGGAGUUGGGACAGUUGUGAGCCGAAGAGGUAACAUGAGUAUAAACAACGGCCACACUCUGACCGCCAGUGGACAGGACUUGACCAGCAGUACCUGGGAAGAUGCUGGGACGGUGUUGAAGCCCUCUACCCCCACCAGGAAACCUAAACCACCAAAUCCGGAGAAUGCCAUCACCAUCGGCGUGUCAGCACGAGUCAUCUUCAACAUGGAGAAGGAGCAGCAGAUCUACGAGCAGCAGGGCCUGGAAGAGUACAUCAAGUAUCAGGUGGAGCAUGAAACGCAGCCUUUCAGCCCCGGACCUGCCUUCUCCUUUGUCAAGGCUCUGGAGGCUGUGAACAUUCAACUGAGGGAGCUUUACCCCGCGAGCGAGGAGCUCUUUGACGUUGUGCUCAUGACCAACAACCACGCAUACGUCGGCCUAAGACUCAUCAAUACCAUCAAUCAUCACCAGUUGUUCAUCGAGCGCUUCUGUAUGACAGGGGGAAACAGUCCCAUAGGCUACUUGAAGGCAUACCACACUAACCUUUACCUGUCUGCUGAUCCAGUCAAGGUUCGGGAAGCUCUGGCAGAAGGUAUAGCAGCAGCCACCAUGUUCACCCCAGAGAAGAUGACGGAAGUGUCGGAGACUCAGCUGCGUGUCGCUUUUGACGGUGAUGCCGUCCUCUUCUCUGAUGAGUCUGAGCGCAUUUACAAGGCCCAUGGACUGGACAAGUUCUUUGAGCAUGAGAAGGCACACGAGAACAAGCCUCUGGACCAUGGACCGUUGAAAUGUUUCCUGGAGGCUUUAGGAAAGCUGCAGAAGAAAUUUUAUGGCAAAGGCCAGCGCAUGAACUGCCCCAUCCGGACCUACUUGGUGACAGCUCGCAGCGCAGCCAGCUCUGGUACCAGAGCCCUAAAAACUCUGCGCUCAUGGGGUCUGGAGAUCGAUGAGGCUCUCUUUAUGGCAGGGGCACCCAAGGGCCCCAUGCUUGAGAAGAUAAGGCCACACAUUUUCUUUGAUGACCAGAUGUUUCAUGUGGAGGGGGCAGCGGAAAUGGGGACAGUAGCGUGCCACGUGCCCUAUGGGAUAGGUCAGAGAGUUACCAAAACAGAAAUUAAUGACAAAAAGACUUUUUCAGAACCCGAGUAACCUGAAUAUCACUGUGUAGUUGCACAGGAGACUAAAAGACAAUUAUUUUGGGCUUUAAAACUAUGAAAAAAUGUCCUUGAAAUGGGUUGAGAAUGUAACAACACCAAGUUGAUGCAAUCUGUUUUGUAUGUUAUGUAAUAGUGUGAUUAUAAAGCAAUGUGAUGUCAUGAUAACAUUAAUUUAAACAAUUCUUUGAUUUUCACUUGAUGACAUUUCAGCUCCGGGGUUUAUUUUAUCCAUUGGUUGUUACAUUAGUAGUUAAUAGAGGUACAACAAGGGUUCUAAUGAACCCUUUAUAAACAGUGUAUAAAUUGUAACUGAUGGCUUAAUGAGAACAAUGUUUGAGUUGCCAGCUUGUGAAAAAUGUAUUCACUGAUCGGCACCAACGUGCUUCUGGAAAACCGUCCGGCACCUCAGCAGGGGGAAACGGGGAACCAUCCAAGCUGUGUACAGUAAGGAUGGGACACUGUUGACCUCAA